AUGGCAAAUUCAGGUGCAGGGAAGGCGUUGAACCUGAAAGUCUCAAAUGGGGAAGAUGACCAGUGCCACAGAACUGAAGAAAUGGUCGACAACAACGACACUAAGCCAUGCAGCUCCAGACCAAACACAACUGCUACUGCCACUGUAAUUCCACCAAGGAGGAGGUCAGUGAUGAGGAGGAUUUUUUGUUGCUGA